AAUAGAAUAAGAAAAAACACAUCGUAAAUUCUUUUCAAUAUAUAUUCGGCAGAUACUUAAGCAACAAACAAAAUGGGAAAUGAAACCUCUCUGCCUAUGGAGAUGUGCUCCAACUUCGAUGCCGAUGAGAUUCGUCGUUUGGGUAAACGUUUCCGAAAACUUGAUUUGGAUAAUUCCGGUGCCUUGAGCGUGGAUGAAUUUAUGUCAUUGCCAGAAUUGCAACAGAAUCCCUUGGUACAGCGUGUCAUCGAUAUUUUCGAUGCGGACGGCAACGGUGAAGUAGAUUUUAAGGAAUUCAUACAAGGUGUAUCACAAUUUAGCGUUAAAGGCGAUAAGCUAUCAAAAUUACGCUUUGCAUUUCGUAUAUAUGAUAUGGACAAUGAUGGUUACAUAUCGAACGGAGAACUGUUUCAGGUCUUAAAAAUGAUGGUAGGCAAUAAUCUCAAGGAUACGCAAUUACAACAAAUUGUGGAUAAGACAAUUUGUUUUGCCGAUAAGGAUGAAGAUGGUAAAAUUUCAUUCGAUGAAUUCUGUUCGGUGGUCGGCAAUACAGAUAUACACAAAAAAAUGGUUGUUGACGUUUAAAUUCUUUGUAAAAACAAACAAACGUCGCUUUUAUAUAUAACAAACAAACAAAAAUAAUA